GCCAGGGGCCGGAGCAGCCUCGCGGACGGCGGAGUGAAGCUGACCUCGGUCAUGGCCACGGUUCGGGACAAGGCGGCGGCGCUGAACCUGUCGGCUCUGCAGAGCCCCGCGCAGAGGCCUCCCGGAAAAGACUGCUUACUGUCCUCUGCCCUGGAGACGUAGGGCUGAGGGCUCUGCUGCCUGUUCUCAACACUCUCACAGCUGGAAUUCCGAUUUGCUAAUGUUUAUUUACCCCUCUUCUACCCUGAGCUGCUUUGUCACAGUCCUUAUGAGCAAGGUAAUGGGAGCCUAGGGCUUUGGUUCCUUGCCAUUCAUUUUCUUUCCGUGUGCUCUGGCAAGCAGCUUUGUACUUUUCCCUUUUCAGGGAUUAGUGACUCUUUAUACUUUCAGUGGGCUAUAAGCAUGAGCAGGAACCUGACGGAUGAGGAAGAAAAAGGGUUUUGUGCUAAUCUUCAGCCAGAACAUAAGACACCUGUAUUAAUACAGACCAACAAGAAGGCGGUUUGUGUCUGCCCCAUGAGAGCAGAUGACCACAGAGCCCGGAAGAGGCUGUCACAUCUUCUGUAUCUGGAGUCACAGGUGGUUGUGCCCUAUCACAUGCUUCAGUGUGGCCCAAAGGCCAUUUGGAGCCACGUACGUGUGGAGCAGCAUCAUAAACACCCUUCAAACCCAAGUGGAGGUGAAGAAACGGAGGUACCACUUAAAGCGGCACAAUGACUGCUUCGUCGGCUCGGAGGCUGUGGACGUCAUUUGCUCUCACUUAAUUCAGAAUAAAUUCUUUGGUGACGUCGAUAUUCCUCGGGCCAAAGUGGUGAGAGUGUGUCAAGCUCUUAUGGACUACAAAGUAUUCGAAGCAGUUCCAACCAGAGUCUUCGGGAGAGACAGAAAGCCUACCUUUGAAGACAGCAGUUGCAGCCUGUAUAGAUUCACCACAGUUCCUAAUCAGGACAGUCAGUUAGGCAAUGAGAACAAAGUGUAUUCCCCUUCCAGGUGCUCAGAUGCAUUGUUUAAGUCAUCUGAUAUCAAGUCAAACAGUUUGGAGGACCUAUGGGAAAAUCUGAGUUUAAAGCCUGCCAACUGCCCUCGAAUACAUGCCUCCACCAGGCUGUCUCCUCAAGUCAUCAGUGCAGUAUGGCAAGAAGAGACAAUUGGACGUCUACUGCAACUUGUCGACCUUCCGUUUCUUGACUCCUUACUCAAACAGCAAGAGGUUGCAUCUCAAGCCCCUCAGUGUAAGAGACAGCCUGACAUGUUCAAGACCAGUAACUAUCUGGAUCGAGGAAUUCUCAGGGCCUAUGGUGACUCUCAGGAGGAUGAAUGGGUCUCUGCAGCUAUCGACUGCUUGGAGUAUCUUCCCGACCAGAUGGUUGUGGACAUAAGCAGGAAUUUUCCUGAGCAACCAGACAGAACAGACUUAGUGAAGGAACUCCUGUUUGAUGCUAUUGGCAAAUAUUACAGUACUAGGGAGCCUCUGUUAAACCACCUGUGUGAUGUUCAUAACGGAAUAGCAGAGCUCCUAGUAAAUGGGAAGACUGAAAUAGCCUUAGAGGCUACUCAGCUGUUUCUGAAGCUUCUGGAUUCCCAAAAUAGGGAAGAAUUUAGAAGACUGCUUUACUUCAUGGCUGUUGCAGCACAUCCUUCCGAAUUUAAAUUACAGAAAGAAAGUGACAAUCGGAUGGCUGUGAAAAGGGUGUUCUCAAAAGCUAUUGUCAACAAUAAAAACUUAUCCAAAGGCAAAACUGAUCUUCUGGUACUCUUCCUAAUGGAUCACCAAAAAGAUGUUUUCAAGAUUCCUGGAACUCUACAUAAAAUUGUGAGUGUUAAGCUUCUGGCCAUACAAAAAGGAAGAGAUCCUAGUAAAGACACAGGCUAUAUUUACUGCCAGAGAAUUAAUGGAAGUGACUACUGUAGCAGUACCCAGAAGAAAACCAAAGAUGAACUUUUGAGCUUACUAAAGACUAUUGAUGAGGACUCAAAACUCUCUGCCAAAGAGAAGAAGAAACUGCUGGGCCAGUUCCAUAAGUGUCAUCCAGACAUCUUCACUGAGUAUUUUGGAGACUGAGUUUCUAAUGUCUAUAUGUAUGUGCAGUUGUAUAUUUUAAGGGCAAAUUAUGUAUCCUAAAGAUAUUUGUAAGCUUGGAUGUUUAAAUAUGAAGUUGUACUUAAUAAAACUUUUUAUACCCA